UAAAUGGACGGGCAGAGCCCUCUUCAGACUCAGGAACUGCAUGCAAACAGCUUGCAUCCUCAUGCCAAAAUCUCAAAAAGCACCUCAAGAAGCUCGAGCUCCUUCAGGAGCAUUAGGCCACCUUUCAAGGUCCAGUCCCUGAUGUUUGCUUUGUUGCUUUGUUGAAGAAGCAAAGAAUCCACCAAGGAUUCAAGUCCUGAGCUGGAGCCUCUCUUUCUAGCGAUAGAGAUGGUAAGAUGGUGCUCGUGCUUUUGCAGGUGUUGUAAUAGUUGUGGCGAUGCCAGAGAAGCAUACAGGCGGCGAGGCUGGGCCUUCAAGAACCCGGAUAGCAUAGAGCAGCGCAAGAGGGAAGGGUUUAGCCAGAAAAUGCAAGAGCAGAAGAAGGAGGGCUGCCAAGUGUAUGGUUUCCUGGAGGUCAGCAAGGUGGUAAGGACUGACCAGUUUUCAGUCACACGACAUGAGAAGAGAGCCGACGGGCUACUGGGAGACCAGGGUCUGCCUGGUGUCUUUGUGCUGUGGGAACUUUCGCCCGUGAUGGUGAAGCUGGCAGAGAAACAGAGGCACUGAAGAUGUCAAGAAGAUGUUGGAAGAGUGACGGCGGAUUGGAUGAGGGCCCGGGAGGAGCUGGAGUUGAAGGAGAGUGAAUGGCGCAAUGAACGUGAAGCAAUUCCUAAAGGAGUUUUGUGCCUUAUGGAACCUGCUGCGUACAUUGGAAUUCCACCACCAAGGUCUGUCAGCAUAAAGCCAAUCCAGAUAAAAAGCGGGACCCUAAUCUGCUGAGCAUCUAGAGCAGGCUAGAUGUUGAAACUCAGGCAGCCAGCUCCGGCAGGGGAAUGCGCAGUGCUGAAUCGGAAGCCAGCGGUGCCCACGGAAAGCCGGGCGUCAAGGGGACUUCACGGCAAACAAUAUGCGUAGGCGAGGGAACACCAGCAGUGGAGAGAGGGACAGAGCUGACCUUCUCUCUGAAAUAAUGAGGGCACCUUUGUGAAACGGGGCUUGGAAGCCUGAAAAACCCUCCCACGCUCUGGCAGGUAACCCAGAGGUAGGAGUGGGAGAAGUGGCCGUCUGCUGCUGAGAGC